AUGUUUCAGUUCAAAUACGCCUUGUGUGGCCUGUCUUUGCUGACCUCCUAUACUGCUGAAGGUCUUGGGUUGAGAUGCUUGCGCUGUGACGACGUCUCGGAGCCUCGUUUCUGUGAGAGGAUAGAGUAUUGCCAAGAUGGUGACGUGUGUGCCGUUCAGUGGUACCAAAAAGAGAAUGGAGAUACAUCCUUCUGGACCGGCUGUCAACAACAGUCGAGUUGUCCAAAAGUCACCAACAGAACAAUCGUACAGACAAACAAACGUAAGAUUCAUGGAUCAGUGUUGUGUCAAGAGUGUUGCUAUGGUGAUUUAUGUAAUGCAGAAGGCUGUGGGGCACCAGCUUAUCCGACCUCUAGAGGACCGAUCUGUUUUAAUUGUGCUCACACCUUAAACCCCUCAGACUGUCAUCACGUGACUCUAUGUGGAACCAAUGAGAUGUGUUUCCUUGGAGAGAGGCCUGUAUUCGGACAACGUUACUUUACAAGUCACUGUGAAGAUAUACACGCAUGUGAAAAUCAUGUAUCAGCGCCGAUUAUUGUUGGAAGGAAGCGAUCUCUGAGGGGUCAUAGGUCAUAUGCACCAUGCUCAGGUUGUUGUCAAGGAGAUCUCUGUAAUAUCAACUGUAACGCUUCAUUUACUUCCGGUACCAUCAUCAACACAGGAACUACUGGUGCACCGACUCAUAUGACAGAAAUAUCUGGCAAUUAUGCUUUCUACGCACAUCUCACGUCAUCAACGACAAACAAUUACGUCAUAUUUAACAACGUUACAACCAAUGAAGGCUUGGCUUACAACGGGAGCACAGGAAUUUUUACUUGUAAAUACAGUGGGCCGUAUGUCUUUUCGUGGACCAUAGCUACAAGUAAUCAGCGCUACACAGGAACAGAUCUUCUAAUUAAUGAUGUCGCGCUCGGUUCCUCCUUCACAGACUCUCGAGGAAGUAGAGUCACUGCUGAUUCAAGCACGGGCUUUGUAGUUUAUAACCUGAAGUUUGGGGACAAGGUCAGAGUGAAGGUCAAUGGAACCGCUAAUGCAAUGUUGUCCACGUUCUCUGGAUGGCGACUUAAUUACAAUGACGCGUAUUUCUAUGCUAGAGCCUCUACAUCGCUAACAAGACCUACGUCCAUAUCAUACGGCUUCAGUUUCCAGAAUGUAAUCACAAACAACGGACACGUGUACCAUUCCGGGAAUGGCACGUUCGUCUGUCCAGAGUCAGGCUUGUAUGCUUUUGCAUUCUCGGUCGAGGCCCAUCGUCAGGAUUUCAUGGUUUACUUUUACCGGAAUGGACACAAGUUGAAUGAACUUGGGGUGUGGCCCGAUUCCUCCUCUGGACCAUACGAAGACACCUCAUCCACUCUACAGUUGUUCUCUUUGACCCCUGGGGACAGAGUGUAUCUUUACACAUCUGAAUCUGGCAGCACUCUAGAACCUAUACAUUCUACGUUUUCUGGAUGGCACAUUGGUUCAACGACUUCCACGCCAGCAUUUUUGCAGAUGGCCUCGGAUUCCACAUCUUCGUCUCCGGCCUACUACAACACAGAGUACCUAGACACGACAAAUUCAUUUUACCACACCCAAUUCCAGACUCCCAAAGACGGCGUCUAUCUAUUCUUCUGGAACAUGGAAGCUAAUGGUAGACAUCACAGAUCGUGGAUUCAGGUAAACAGCGAAUCUGUAGGGGAGACGAUCUCGGAUGGAAGAAACGCAGACUAUGACAGUGGCUCAGAUGUGGCCAUUUUGCGCCUGGAGAGAAACGAUAUCAUUACUGUCAAGCAGGAUGGAGCAGCAGAUGGUGAUCAGACCAUGAUUUCUGGCUAUUUCAUGUUCUCCUAAUUUAUGUAUCAUUCUUAUCUUCAUUAAACUUUCUAAUUGCUAGCUACAUUAAGGAGUGUUUUACUCCGAGUAUUGGGGGGGGGGGGGGGCAUACAAGAGAUU